CCAGCAUGUACGUCCAUUCAGUACAGUGUCUACUGCAGCCAGCCUAUGGACAAAAUGACGGAGAGACCAACCGAAAGUCCGUUGCCUAAAAUCCGUCGAAGAAUGGUUUCAAAUUCACCAGACGGAACGGAAACGAACCCCGUGGUUCUCCAUGACUCGGUUCUGGACGUUGCAUUGAAUAAAUUCAGCAACAUUCGCGCUGUCAACCUGGUAAAAUUCUUCAGCGUUGCGGUGACAAUGGGAUCGCUUAUGUACGAAUUCUAUCCACCAGCCCGGGGUUCGUAUUUCUCAGAUAAGCACAAUUUUUUGAACCAGUAUUUCGUCAAGCUGGCGUGGGGCUGGACUAUGGCCAUCCAUACAUCUUUCAUUGUGUUCAGUAGUCUUCAAAGUCCCGUUGAUGCUGGCCAAGUAGUCAGAGGGUUGGUAAGAGUUCUCCUUGUUGGGACUGCCGUAUGGUAUUUCUGGGUGGAGAUCGUGUUUCACCGGGUGAUGCAAGCCACUGGGGCGUGUGUUGGCAACGCGAGUCUGACCGAGGUGCGCGCCUGUAUUAGGGAUGGACACCACUGGGACGGAUUCGACAUUUCCGGGCAUUGCUUCCUGCUAAUAUACAGUGCACUACUAAUCCAUGAGGAGCUGCAGAUCAUCAGCAACAUAAAGUCAAAGACUCCAGCAUACCAUUCAAAUAGUCAAUCGGCCCAAACUAUGAUCACAAUUCCUGUUGCCAAUGUCACCAUCGGUUACCGCUCGCUAGUGAAUUUUCUGCAGCAGCUGUUCACAGUUCUCAUGACUUUGUUUGAGUUGUUGUGGAUACUGAUGGUCAUGAUGACGUCAAUCUACUUCCAUGUUUGGAGUCACAAGCUCCUCGGAACUCUAAUUGCAUUUGCAUCCUGGCACUGUACCUACAACUUGUGGUACCAAACCACACUCUCCCCUGGUUCAUGAUUGUAGUAACUUGUGAUAGGAUACAGGCUUGAAUGACUUUGUGCACUUACUGGAAACUGGGAAAGACCGUAGCAUGAAGACUAUUCAACUCGCCAGUGAAAGACAUUAAUAAGCAUGUCAGGAUAUUUCCUGAUAUGAAGUGUACCAGAAAAAAGACAGAUACAUUCAUUCAAUGUACAUGUAGAAGGCAGUUUAAUAAAUUUAAGAUGGCUAUUUGCUCAAUAAUUACAAGGCAGUACGAUGUAAACUUUAAAAGAAAGGCACUAAAGCUGGCAGAAAAAAUUCAGAUACCAAAUGUGACCUUCAAAAUCUCUACAAAUUUCCAUAAAAGAUAAGUGUUAUUUAUUGUUCAAUACAUUGCUGACGACUCAUUAAGCAUUUACCACUUUCUUGGCAUUUUUGCUCAUAAAUUUUAGUCCAUUUUAGCCCAAUCGGUUGUUCGUAUGGGAAAUCUUGGACUUUACUUCCCGGUUAAAAACAAUUUUCAACAGCCAUUAAUUUGAAUGAAAAUGAGAUUGGCCAAUGGCUGAACUAAAGAUCAACAGAUAAUGUUGCAAGAUCAACGAAUUGCCUCGUGUAGUAGUGUAUCACGUCAGAGAGAGCGAAACAAUGCCCCCCUUCGUGGUGCACCAAGCCCCAUGUAAAAUUAUAAAGGCAGUUGGCUCCUCCAAAACCUCCAAGUGGGUUUGAGGAAUCUGGGAGAGUUUAUAGUAUUGAUGAAAAGCAAAGAAAUUCAGAAUUGGCCAUGAAACAGGUGUGUAAAUCCAGAAGAAACCACCUCCCACCUCCUAAUGAAAUAAACUUCUUUACUUCAGCACAGUUCCUAACAAUUUACCUAGAUCUUGUACUGUUUUAUCAUAUUUUGGCUGCAAUCUUUGUAUCAAAUUUUUACUAAGGAUUUGUGUCAAGACCUAAAUAUGCAUGUAAGUUUUAACAACUUUAAAGAUCAAAUGAAAAGAUGAAAUGAUAAAAAUACAGUUCUAUGGGUUUUUUAUCUGCUAAGAUCAAUUCAAGAUUUAUUUACCCAAUUGAAUGUUAAUUUUAAAAACAUUUUAAAAUCAUAAUGUGUCAACCUUCAGAAAUGUACAUUUAAUUAAAAACAUUCCUUAGUGACUGGGGCAGUCGGAGUGGGAAAUAGAGCAAGUUCCUAGGUAGUUUCUUAUGGUGUGUCAUGUUCAAGUUCAAAUGUGAAUUUUGUCUAGAUUUGAAUUUGUCUACUUUUUACAAAUGUAUUUGCUUCAUAAUCCAUUUAAAAUCCACGAAGAAAAUAUAUUGCUUACUCCUGCUGUUAUAAACUACCUAAUUCCAUGGAAAACUCCCAACAAUUUUCAUACAUCAAACACUUCUUCAAGGGUCUGAUGUUGGCAUUCACAGAGAAUCCUGAUUUUACUUUGUAACCAUCCAUUUCCAAUAACAGGUAUGUACAGAUAAAGGCAUUGCAAAAUCUU